CUAAAAGCAGGCUGUUUGACCUAUUUUGUAACAAUGAAAGCACACAGAAGUGAUUAAUUGCUAUACAAAUGAAGAGCAGAGUGAUUGGAAGUUAGUACAAUAAUACGUUACUUUUGCUUUCGAGGAGCCCAGUUCCUGGUUGGUGAUAUCAUAUUACUUUCUUUCAUUGACUGCCUUAUUUGUCUGUGAGAUUAAGGGACAUGUUGCUUUUCUAUUUCAUGUGUUUAGGACUGUUUGCACAUGUAGUUAGUGCACUGCCUUUUAAUCAAGUGGACACAUUUACACAGGAACCCUGCUACAAAAGUACUGAUGAGAAUCCUGCAACUUCUGGUAGCGGCAAAACCAAACCGUCUGUGUGUGCAAGUAUGCUGUCUGGACUUAUGUCUGAUCUGGAUUGUACCAUCUUCCUCAGCUUUAUGGAGAAACAUCAUAAGAAAUACAAAGUUGGAAGCAAGAUCUUUCAAAAGAGAUACCAAAUAUUUCUGAAAAGCUUACAAAGACACAAACAUCUAAAUACACUUACUACAUCUACAAAUGGGACUGUUCCUGCAUAUUAUGGUGUUAAUCAAUUUUCUGACUUGUCAGCUGAAGAAUUUUCUAAUUUAUACUUGAAAAGCUACUCAACUAACUAUACGUUAGAUAAACCUAUGAAGACUUCCACAGUGAACAACUCUUUACCUCUACGAUUUGACUGGAAAGAAAAAAAAUUUGUGACACAAGUCAAAAAUCAAUUGAGUUGUGGAGCUUGUUGGGCUUUUAGCAUAGUAGGGGCCGUGGAAUCUGCUUACGCAAUUAAAGGACAUUCUUUGGAAGAACUCAGUGUACAACAGGUCAUUGACUGUUCGUACCUGGAUUCUGGAUGCAAUGGUGGAUCCACCGUCAGUGCCUUACAUUGGUUAAAUCAGACACAAACAAAAUUACUGAGGGCAUCUGAAUACACCUAUAAAGUGCAAACAGGAUUAUGUCAUUAUUUCCGUCCCACAGAGUUUGGUGUUUCAAUUAAUGGAUAUGAAGCAUAUGAUUUCAGUUGUUGCGAAGAAGAAAUGAUGAACAUGUUAAUAAACCAUGGUCCUUUAGCUGUGAUAGUUGAUGCAGUCAGCUGGCAGGAUUACCUUGGAGGAAUAAUACAACAUCACUGUUCCAGUGGAGAAGCUAAUCAUGCAGUUCUUGUUACUGGUUUUGAUAGAACAGGUGAUAUCCCUUUUUGGAUAGUGAAAAAUUCCUGGGGUACAACAUGGGGAAAAGAUGGAUAUGUUUACAUUAAAAUGGGUGAAAAUAUGUGUGGAAUAGCAGAUGUGGUUUCUUUUCCGCUCAUGUAACUUGGACUUUGAAGAAUAGUCUUUAUAACUUGGCACAUGAUUUUCAUCUUGUGAGAAAAACGUAUUGGAACUUAAAUGUUUUUUGUUACUAUGACAUCUUUCUUUAAAAACAGAAAUGGUGUGCAAUAUUUCAGUGCAAAUGUAGCAAGUUGCCAUGUUGUGUUAACACUUUAGUGUCCAGGGUUAACUAAUACCACUAAUUCUAUCAUCUAAACUUUAGCCCCUAACACUAAACCUUUCAUUAACCGUAACACUAACCCCAAACCUUAUCCAUAUCCUACACAAUAUUACUGCAUAGAGAUUGAAAUGAUUCAUAUGACAUUGGGAAUGUGUUGUAGAGACCCAUUUUGGAAGAGCCAUUACACCGCAUUAUCCACAAUUAUAUUUUAAAAAAAUUUGGAAAAAAAAUGAUUUUAAAGUUGUAUUUUGUAUAUUUUUUUCUUACAUAAAUUAAAAUAUAUUUUAUAAUA